AGGAGCAAGCGCGCCCCCGUGCGCUUGCGCGUGAGCGUCAGGCCCUGGUUGUGGCCGUUGGGUUUGCUCCAGGCGUUGGGCGGGCGCGAUGGCGGCGUCCCGGGCCCCGCGGCCCCAGGCCCGGCUGCUCCGAACCUAUGGUGGCCUAGGCGGGGGGCGGCGGCGGGUCCCAGGGCGCGGGGCGCGAGCCCGGGUGGCGGCCGCGCCCUGGUUCUCCCCGGCCCGCGAGCGCCGGCGCCUCUUCUCCAGCAGCAGCAGCGGCCUGAGCGCCGGCAGCCCCGGCGGCGAGCCCGGCAGCGGCGGCGGCAGCAGCAGCAGCAGCAGCCCCUCCUCGGCCCCGGACUCGGACCCAGACUUUGAGCCGGGCCCUGCGCGCGGCUCCCCGGGGGCGGCCCCGCGGGGGCUGCGGCAGCGUCUGCGGACACGGGCAAACGAGACCCCCGCGUGGGCGGGCGGGACCCCGGUGCGGCCGAAGGUGCCUCGCGUGGACGUGGAGGAAGAGGAGGGGGAGGGGGAGGAGGAGGAGGAGGAGGAGGAGGAGGAGGCGGCGGCGGCCAAGGAGAACCGGCCGCACCGCCAUGUGACCGAGCGCUCCUGGAGGCUCCGGGCUCGGGGCCAGAGGCCCGGUCCCCCCCUCUGCAGCACCCCAGGCCCACACCCGGAGCCGCCCCCAUCCCCUGCGGCCGCCCUCUCCCCCAGCCUCAGCACCCCCGCGGUCCCCCGCAGCUGCCUGGCCCGAAGCAUCCUGGCCAGCCUCAGCCCCGUCCGCAACCUGAGCCCUGGCCUGGGCCUCACCACCGAGGAGCCCCAACCCGUGGCUGGGGACAGCUUGGCCACCAGCACUUCCCUCUUCAGCCCCGCCCCGGAGCCCCCCGAGGAGCCCCGCAUGAGACCCCGCAAGAAGGCGGCCAAGCUGGCCCUGGCCACCCCAGGCCUCCCACUGGACAAGGAGCGGCCCCCCAGGGCCCUCCCCCAGAGCACAGCCAGGAAGGCAUGCAUCAGCGGCUUCAGCUCCUCCCGCUGGAAGAGGAGCCAGCCCCCCCAGGCGGGGCCCACCAGCAAGGCCGGCCGCCCCUUGGGCCAGAAGCACCCGAGAGCCGCAGAGGGGGCAUGGAGCUGGGCCCAGAGGCGGGCUUCGCUGUCCUUCCACAAGAAGAAGAUCGUGGCAGAGUUGCAGCCCCACGGCACUCCCUGCAGCUCCCUGCUCCUAGACUCGUUUGGACCCCCGAGCGGCACCUCCUGGCAGACCUCCUCCAUGUACAUGCUGACCCCCAACAAGUCCCUGCCCACGGAGGAGAUGGUGCUGUCGGACGCCGAGAAGGUUUACCGAGAAUGCCAGCAGGAAGGGCCGCUGCCCUUUGGCCACUACCUAUCUCCUGACCGAAUCAAAAGCUGUGAAAAGAUUGGGGAGGGCGUGUUUGGGGAAGUGUUCCGCACCAUUGUGGAAAACCACACGAUGGCCUGGAAAGUCAUUGCCAUCGAGGGGGAGGAGCUUGUGAAUGGAAGCCCGCAAAAAACCUUCGGGGAAAUCCUGCCCGAGAUCAUCAUCUCCAAGGAGCUGAGCCUUCUGUCCGAGGAGGCCCCCAACCACACGGAGGGCUUCAUCGGCUUGUAUGGAGUGCGCUGCGUGCAGGGCCCCUACCCCAACAUGCUGCUUCAGGCCUGGGACGCCUUCCGCAGCCUCCGAGGCUCGGAGAAUGAGCGGCCAGACUACUUUGGCCAGGAGCAGCUCUACGUGGUGCUGGAGUUCGAGUUUGGGGGUGUGGACCUGGAGCACAUGAGGAAGCAGCUGUCCUCCGUGGCCACCGCCAAAAGCCUGCUGCACCAAGUCACGGCUGCCCUGGCCGUGGCUGAGGCGGCCCUCCACUUUGAGCAUCGGGACCUGCACUGGGGCAACGUGCUGGUGAAGAGAACUAGUGCCAAGGAGCUGGGCUACACGCUAAAUGGGCAGGCGGGCACCAUCGCCACCCAUGGCAUCCACGUCAACAUCAUCGACUACACGCUGUCCCGGCUGGAGAAGGACGGCCUGGUGGUCUUCUGUGACAUCUCCCAGGAGCGUGAGCUCUUUCAGGGCCAAGGGGACUACCAGUUUGAAAUCUACAGGCUCAUGAAAAAGAGGGCCCGCAAUCGCUGGGCCCACUACCACCCCUACAGCAACGUGCUGUGGCUCCACUACCUGGCGGACAAGGUCCUUAAGGAGAUGGUCUUUAAGAAGAAAGUCAGCACGGCACCCAUGCGCCACGUGAGGCAGCAGAUCCAGGCCUUCUAUGAGUCUGUGCUGGGCUUCGACUCAGCCACAGAGCUGCUGCAGAGCCAUAGCCUGUUCCGGUGACUGGCCCUGCCCUGCCUGCUGGCUUAGCGGGACCCCUGGAUAUUUUGCUAAGCUACAAAAGUGUCUGAGUAUAACUUGGUCUUUGAAAAGCACUUGCUAUGUGCAGUUUUCAGGUCACCCCAAACUGAAAACGCUAAACUCUUUGAUGGAUCCACUCUAUAAAUGAAUAUUUCCUGUGC